AUGUCUCUCAUUUGGCGCAGAAUUUCAAAGCUAGCUGUAGUGGCACCGCUCUUCUUCAUCGCGUUUUCUAUUCAUUCGUUCAAACACUUGCCGUUCCCCUACCUCGGAAAUGCAUAUAAACGAAAUAUAUAUAACGCCACGCUAGGAUUCGAGGGAAUCGCCGUUGUAUCAACAGGCUGGAGUUGGCGAAGCGAGGGACUCCUAGACGCUGCUAACCUCACAGGCUUGAAAGUCGAUAUACCAAACCAACCGAAAUGGUCCACACAUGAGGUCAAUGCUUUUCGUGGCCUGGACGAUACGACCGGCGAAAAACUUGGCCCAGGUGAGACCCAAUGUUGGCUCGGCCAUAUCAACGUAUGGUCGCACGCAGUAGAGCAUAACUGGGCAACCUUUUUGGUGCUUGAAGACGAUGUUGAUUGGGAUGUCUCCAUUAAGCAGCAACUAGCUCUAGUAGCCCCCGCAAUACGUAAGAUUACCAAAUCUACAAGCUAUUCGACAGCGCAACCUUACGGUAAUGCUUGGGAUCUUCUCUGGGUUGGACACUGUGGGGACUUCAUUCCGCCGAAUGCCAUAUCUUUACGAGAUGAGUCUCUACCAAUCGACUUGAAUGUGAAGUAUCGCGAAAAUGACGGUCGCUUCACUGUCUUGACAACUGAGCCCCAACAACGCUUAGUUCAUAUGACAGCAACACCGAUGUGCACUUACGCAUAUGCGCUGACGGGAGACGCUGCUAGGAAACUCCAUCUUUACUCUAAAAAUUGGGCGUUUAAGGGCGUCAUCACUAAGGAUCUAGCGCACUGGUGCCAGGCUGGAUUUCUAAAGUGCGUGACUAUCAAUCCGGAGCUUUUCCAUCAUCAUAAGAAGGCAGGGACGUUGACCAGUGAAAUUGCUAUCGUGGAGGGUUGGCCAUCUAACGUAUGGAAUGUUGACUUCACAGCAAAUAUUAAACAUAGUGCACGAUGUAAUAGCAGGUCACCGACAUUAGUAUCUUGUAUAGACGAGUUCGGAGAUUCGGAAGAGAGCCAAUUCGCGAAAUUGUCAACUUAG